UUUAGGAAAGCAGUGAUCGAUGACUGCCUACCAGAUCAAGUAAGAGUAGACCAUGGUCAUGAGUUCUACUUGACCCUUUUUGAACAGGAGUCGCUGGCCUUCCUAAGGACAAAUACACAGCGGGAUCCUCACCGGCAAACACAAUCCAAAAAGGUAAAUAAAGUGUACGACUGUGAGUUAGAUACGAUUUGUGACUCUCCUUGACUGAAACCAAAGCUCUAAAUGUGGCCUACGUAGCAAGCGUUUUUGCUAGAGGUAUUGCGCUAAAGUUUGAACAAUAGCAAAAAAUGGAAGAAGUAGAAGGAGGGAGGAGAGGACACCUCCUGCGCAUUCUUCUUUUCUUUUGCUAUCGUUCCAACUUUCGUGCUACAAUAACUCUAGCGUAAAAAGCUUGCAACGCAAACCACUUUGGAAGUGUAAUUCAUGCUUGGAGUAGUGAAACUGGAAGAAUAAAUAGACGAAACUAAUAACUUCGAAGGUGAAAGUUAAGCGCAUUUACCAUUUAUCCUCUAUUGAUUAUAGAAAAAUCAGAUUAUAAAGGAUUAUAGUGAGAAUCUCGCUCUACUAAUCACAACUUAGAGCCAGACUAGUGUAUUCCUAAAAUGGUCGAAAAUUCUCGAGAAAAGAGUAUUUGAUUUUCAAAAUGACCUGCCAUACAGACGGCCACUUCUGCUUUUUGGUAAGAGCCCUAAAGGUGGAUUUCUACUGUUCUGUAAUUUUGAUGUGCUUACGCAUAUAAAUAAAAUAGAAGCAAUGUAUAAAAGGUCGCGCGUAAACGUAAAUGUUGAACCUCGCUUACGUUUUACGUAUCCAAGUAAAAUGUCUUGACAGUAGUGGGAAUGAGCCUUUUACGACACGAUCCUGAGUUAUCUACAAGGAAAUCUCACUGAACAUUUUGCAACUUGCGUGUUCAAUAACCGAAUUUUUGAAAAAAUCGUUUUUACAAGCAAUAACGUUUACCUGCAAUGAUGUUAGAAUACUUUGGUCAAUUCUAUGGUCCAACUUUUUACUAUUGUAGUUCAUUAGUUUGGUUUCAGUGAGGUUUAUCCUCUCUUCGUUUAAUAACAAACCGCGUUUUCCCUUAUCCUUUAAGUCAAUAAACUUGUUUCACUCACACAGUUACUAAUCCGUCCACUCCUUUUCUGUUUUCGUUCUUAAAGAAUCUUAGAAUUGAGUGCUUCUGGGUAGAAGUCAACGCUCGCGUUAAUUAUCUCAAUAACAAUGCCUUGCGGGAUAUGGAGCAACGAGGUGUUAUUGACAUGGAACCUGAAUUCACUACGUUCUAUGUAUCAAGUGUCACUCUUAGAGUAGCAAGAGUAGGAAUGCAACGAACUGUGAACGCUUGGAACCAUCACCCAAUCCCG